CGAGCGUCGCUGAGGCGGAGGGGCCGGGGCGCGGCGGGAGCGAGCGGCGGGUGCAGCCAGGCCUGGGUCUCCUCACAGCCACUGUGUGCUGGGAAUAUGGCUACAGAUUGGCUUGGGAGCAUCGUGUCCAUCAACUGUGGGGAGAGCUUGGGAGUCUACCAAGGCAGAGUGUCUGCUGUGGACCAGGUCAGCCAGACCAUUUCCCUGACACGUCCCUUCCACAAUGGGGUCAAGUGCCUGGUGCCAGAAGUCACCUUCAGGGCAGGUGACAUUACUGAGCUGAAAAUUCUGGAGAUCCCAGGACCAGGGGACAGCAGACAAUGUGGGGACCUGCAGCAGAUGGAAAUGGGCAUCCCUGGGGUUGGAUGCCAAGUGGGUCCCAGCCAGAAUGGCACUGGGAAGGUGUUGAAGAAGCCCAUCUCCAGCAGUGCCCCACAGAACAUCCCAAGGAGGACAGAUAUGAAGAACCAGGACAUCAUCAUCUCUCCACAGCAGCAGUGCUCCAAGAGCUACAUGGAUAGACACGUGGAGACCUUGACUCAAUCCAAAGGCUUCCGUCGGAGGCACAAUUCCUGGUCAUCCAGCAGCCGUCAUCCCAACCAGGUCACCCCGAAGAAGAGCGGCCUGAAGAACGGGCAGAUGAAGAGCAAAGACGACGAGUGCUUCGGGGAUGACAUCGAUGAAAUCCCAGACACAGAUUUUGACUUCGAAGGGAACCUGGCUCUGUUUGACAAAGCAGCUGUGUUUGAGGAGAUUGAAACUUAUGAGAGGAAGAGUGGCACCCGUUCCCGGGGAACCCCAAACGAGAAGCCAGCCCGAUACCGGCACGACGAGAACAUCCUGGAGUCGGAGCCCAUCGUCUACAGAAGGAUUGUUGUGCCCCAGAAUCCUAACAAAGAAUUCUGCACGGACUCGGGGCUGGUCGUUCCCUGCGUGUCCUACGAGCUGCACAAGAAGCUGCUCUCAGUGGCGGAGAAGCACGGGCUGACUCUGGAGAGGAGGCUGGAGAUGACAGGAGUGUGUGCUAGCCAGAUGGCCCUCAGCCUCCUGGGGGGGCCCAACAGGCUGAACCCCAAGAAUGUGCACCAGAGGCCCACGGUGGCCCUGCUGUGUGGCCCCCACGUGAAGGGGGCCCAGGGGAUCAGCUGUGGGCGCCACCUCUCCAACCAUGAUGUCCAUGUCAUCCUUUUCCUACCCAACUUUGUCAAGAUGCUGGAAUCCAUCACCAACGAGCUGAACCUUUUCAGCAAGACGCAAGGCCAGCAGGUUUCCAGCGUCAAAGAUCUCCCAGAUACCCCCGUUGACCUGGUGAUCAACUGCCUGGAUUGUCAUGAAAAUGCCUUUUUGAGGGAUCAGCCUUGGUACAAAGCAGUUGUGGACUGGGCCAACCAGAACAGGGCACCUGUCCUCAGCAUCGACCCUCCCAUCAGUGAGCUGGAACAGGGCAUUGAUGCCAAGUGGUCCCUGGCCCUGGGUCUGCCCCUGCCCCUGGGAGAGAGGGCAGGACGUGUGUACCUCUGUGACAUUGGCAUUCCCCAGAAGGUCUUUCAGGAAGUGGGAAUAAACUACCACUCACCCUUUGGCUGCAAAUUUGUCAUUCCCCUGCAUUCCACUUAGAGCCAGUCCAGCCACAAGGCUCUGUAGGGUGAGAAGAGGAGGAGGAGGAAGAGGAGGAGGAGGAAGAAGAGGAGGAAGAAGAGGAGGAGGAGAAGGUCUGUCAAAUAAGCUGUCCAGUGGAUCUUGACUUAGUAAACUCGCCUUAAGGAUGUGAAGUUCUGAAGAGUUUUCCUUCCAGAAGAAUCAUUUGUGUAUUUCAAAAGCAAAAAAAGAAGAAAAAAAAGAAAAAAAGAAGAGGAAAUGAAAAAAAAAAAAAAGGAAAAAAAUAAAAGACUCGUAAAAUGGAACAGGAAAAAAAAAAAAAAAAAAGAAGGAAGCAAAUGUUCCUGCAAAGCUGUGUCCAUUCUCCUGGGUCAUGGUAGGAAGGAACAUGCAGGAAGGUGGUGUCUGGCCCCUGGUGGAGGCAGCUGCUGCUGCCCUGGCCUUGCCAGGAGGCUGUUUGCUGAGGGACGUGGAGGUGGUACAAGAGGUUGGAGAUCUUGAGUUGUGUGUCUUGGUCCUUCUGGGAGGAUAGACCCAGCAAGGGUGCCCUGGUGGGAACAGCACCCCUUGGUUGUGUAGAGAUACCUUCUGUUGCAGUUGGGAGGGAGGAUUUGGUUUGGUUCUGUUGUUCUUUUUUACCCCCCCCCUCCUCUGUUUUCUGUUCCUGAAGGCAGCUGUAGCUUGCUCUGCCUCCUGGACCUGCAGCUCCUCGAGGAGAGCAUUCCCUCCAUGGAAAGCUCGUGUCAAGAGCCAGAAGUUCUUGGGUCACACAUGUUCUGGGAACACCUGUGUCCUCAGCUAGGCCUUACUUGCUUUGUAUACUCUGUUGGCUUGUUGUUUGUUUGCUUAGUGGGUGAAGCCCAGGUCUACAGGAGACCAGGGGUGUUUUGGGACAACCUCUCCAGGAUUGUUGUUUGGGGUUGUUCUCCCUUCUUCUUUCUGGCCCAGUGAGAGGCUGAAUCAGGGAGAGCACAGUGAAGCAGGACAGAGGCACGGUGUGUGGUGCAGGUGGUGGUUGGGUGAGUUCCCCCAGUGCUUUCCAGUAUCCCCCCCUGCACUCACUGGGCUUUGGGAAGUGGGUCAUGGAUCUGUACCUUCCCUUUGGGCUCGAAGCCUGUGGAUAGGCUGGGCAUGCCUGUGUGCACCCAUGUGCUGGGAACCACCUUGAGGAAGGACUUCCUCAGUCCUGUUUGGCUGCAGGAGGUGGAGCUGCUGCCCUCCUGGAUGGGCACAGCACCAGGUUCUGGACUGAAUCACCCCAGAGGGGCUGCCCCGGGUUGCUGUGCAGGAGGAUCUGCCCCAGGUUGCUCUGCUCCCUGCUCUUGGGCAUUUCCUGUGCACUGCCAGGAUGGUACCUAUUCCUACAUUCAUCUUCUUGUCCUGGUGGAGCCUUGGAGUGGUGCCUAGAGCAGGAACAAGCUAAGGAUCCAUCUGUGUGUGCUCUCUGAAGGCUUCUUGAGCUGCCCCAGGGAAGCACGAGGUACUGGGCUCCAUGCUAGCUCCCCAUGCCAUGGGCACAGCAGUACCUGGCCUGUCCCCAGAGCUGCUGCAGGUACCUGAACCCUGCACAGACCCUGUUCUGGCAGAACCUGAGGGCUUCAAACAGUGCUUUUUCCCUAGGGGAGGUGCAUCCCUUCUGAGGCUGGAGUGCAGGUGUGGGUGGAAAUGGUCACCUGCAGCUGUCCCUGUGCUCUGCUGAGAGCCCCACGUAGCAAAACCCCUGGGUGCUGCAGUGGUGGGGGUGCCCAGAGCAGGCACUUCUCUUUGCUUUUUUGUCUUCUUGGGUCAAGAGCCACGUGUAUCUACCUCAGCAGGACCGAGGGCUCUGCCCCUCUGGGGGUCUGGACCACUGGCUCCCCUGAGCUGGGCUGGAGGACCCCACUGUGCCAGCUGGCCUGGAGCUCUGGCAUGGAGAGGCUGGUGAUCAUCAGGGCUGCCCUUCCUGCCCCCUUGGAAGGGCAAAGCAGCUCCUCCUCAGGUGAAGCACCUUUCAGCUGGAGCUGGAGUGGCACUGAGGGUGCUGUGGUUUGUCUCAGACACCCCGGGAAGGGCUGGCAGGCAGGUUAGUUAGUUAAACACGAGGCUUCUCUCUGCCUUUCUUGUUCCUCCUGCUGUUGCAGCUUCUCCUAACCCUCAGCCAGGCCAGAGGGGGCAGUGGCUGGCUUCCAGAGGUGGGGCUUGCUGUAGUCCAGUGGUAGCUUUAGCCACUUCGUCUCUACUUUGCCUUGCUCCAGAGAAGAGAACCUGCCCUUUCCAUGUCUGUUUCCCCAGGCUGGGUUUGUUUGGCUGUUGAGCUGUAGGUUGCACCUGUGUAGGCAUCUUCAUGGCUUUAGGGACCUUUCCUGCCCCCACACUGCUGUGGCCCUGGCUGAAGUGCCAUGCCCAGAAGGGCACUGACCCAGGUAGAUGUUUGUGCAGGGCUGGCAGCUGGGAUCAGGGCUCCAUUGCCAGCCCUGCAGCAACAGGGUUUCCCCACCUGGCAGCAGAAAACAAGUAUCAAGUGACCAGUGUUGGAGGCUACAAACUAUCAUGGACUCCCACUCCUCCCUGCAUGGGGCAUUUAGGGCAGCUUUGGGCUGUGUUGGGCACAGUUCAACUUUGUGUCUGAUUUCUGGAGCUGAGCUGUGGGGAUGUGGCCUCAGAAACAAAGGCUCACCUGAGGGAGUGGUGACCUCACCUCUGCUUCUCUGCAGGUUUGAGCUCUGCUGGAACACACUGAGCCCCAGAAAGGGGCCUGGGGCCCUUCUUCUCCCCCUUACCAGAGUUAAUUCCAAGACUGGACCACUUCUUUUAAGCUGUGUUUGAUUUUCUAACCCCCCCAGCUUUCACCACCACAGGGACUGCCCAGGGGUGCUGCUCUGGUCACUGACAUGUGAAGGUCACUGCUCUGUCACUGCUUGGUUGUUCCAUUUGUGACCUCCUGUUUGUAACGACUCCUUCCUGCCACUGCUGGGGGAUGCCCUGAAAUAAAGUGCAACUAUUCAUG